GCCAAACUAAUAACAACCCCAAACCCCAGCUCCUAUAUGGUGGUUGUGUCUUCUAUAUAUAGAUAGAUAGAUGAGCCUUGUCCUUAUAUCUUGCAUUACUAGCUAAACGCAACAAAUACAGAAAGUUUAGCCAUCUGAUACUUAAAAACACAAACUGAUAGGAAAAAAAAAAUGGAAGUUCAUCUCAAGCAUACUGCAAUGCCUUAUUGGUUUCCUAGCUUCCUCUUCACACUGAUUCUCUUCAUUGCAUCAGCUCCGUCGUUCAUAGACGCAAAUCAUAUCAUAAGCGGACAUCCUAAGACUCAUCAUCAUGAAUUCAUCGUUCAAGCAACAAAAGUGAAGAGGUUGUGCAAAACCCAUAACAUAAUUACGGUGAACGGCCAGUUUCCAGGACCUACUAUAAAUGUGAAAAAUGGAGAUGCUCUGGUUGUGAAAGUCGUGAACAAGGCUCGAUACAACGUUACAAUCCACUGGCAUGGGAUUCGCCAAAUGCGGACAGGAUGGGCUGACGGGCCAGAAUUUGUGACCCAGUGUCCAAUUCGACCAGGACAGAGCUACACUUACCGAUUCACAAUUGAUGGCCAGGAAGGAACUUUGUGGUGGCAUGCUCAUAGUUCAUGGCUCAGAGCCACAGUUUAUGGUGCCCUAAUUAUCUAUCCCAGAGAGGGUACUUCCUACACUUUCGCGAAACCCAAGCGGGAAUCAACUCUUCUUCUUGGAGAAUGGUGGAAUACCAAUCCAGUAGACGUUAUCAACGAGGCUCGCAGAACAGGAGGUGCCCCAAACAUUUCUGAUGCAUACACCAUCAACGGUCAACCUGGUGAUCUCUACAACUGCUCCACAAAAGGCACUGUUAUUGUACCGGUGGCUUUGGGUGAAACGAUCCUCCUACGGGUAGUCAACUCGGCAUUGAACCAAGACCUCUUCUUCGCAGUUGCUAACCACAAGUUAACAGUGGUUUCAGCUGAUGCCUCCUAUACUAAACCAGUUACCACCUCAGUGAUCUUGCUUGGACCUGGUCAAACCACCGACGUACUCAUCAAGGCUGAUCAGCCUGUGGGAAGAUAUUACAUUGCUGCCCGAGCUUACAACAGUGCUCAGGGUGCACCAUUUGACAAUACCACCACCACUGCAAUUCUUGAAUACAAGGGGUCAACAUGCAGAACCUGCAGCGGCCAGUCCUUACAGUCCCCUGUCUUCCCAAAUCUCCCCGCCUACAAUGACACAGCAGCUGCCACAGCUUUCACUACUAGCCUUAGAAGCUACAGAAAGGUUCCUGUCCCAACUGAGAUCGACGAGAGCCUCUUCUUCACCGUUGGGCUAGGUCUCAUCCCCUGUCCUCGCAGAUUCAGUAGCUCACGUUGCCAAGGUCCAAAUGGAACUCGGUUCACCGCUAGUAUGAACAAUCAUUCGUUUGUGCUACCUUCAAGCUGGUCCCUUUUGCAAGCCCAACAACAAGGAAUACCUGGAGUCUUCACUACUGAUUUCCCAGCAGCGCCACCUGUAAAAUUCGAUUACACUGGUAAUGUGAGCCGUGCACUGUGGAAUCCGGUUCCAGGUACUAAGUUGUACAAGUUGAAAUAUGGAUCUAGGGUGCAAAUAGUGUUACAGGGGACGAGCAUUCAGACUGCCGAGAACCACCCAAUUCAUCUUCAUGGCUAUGACUUCUUCAUCCUUGCUGAGGGGUUCGGGAAUUUCGAUGCCAGCAAAGAUACUUCAAAAUUCAACCUCGUUGAUCCACCUCUGCGUAACACUGUUGGAGUACCUGUAGGAGGAUGGGCUGUGAUUCGAUUUGCUGCUGACAAUCCAGGUGUUUGGCUGAUGCAUUGUCACUUGGAUACUCAUAUCAGCUGGGGUUUGGCAAUGGCGUUCCUUGUCGAGAAUGGAGUUGGAAAAUUGCAGUCCGUAGAGCCUCCUCCAGCUGAUCUGCCUAUAUGUUAGGACCAUCAUUAACAAAGCACUCACACAUUCCCAAACUUACGAUAUAUGUAUACCAACAUAGCACAAUUCAUCAGUUAGCAAUUAUUGUUAUAAGCUCUGUUUUUGGUUUCCCACAUUUGGGCACCUAGUUCUUGAUUUGUUUUACUAGUCUCGUAUAUUUCUUUUCUUCUAUUUUUGGGCUGUAUUUACUUUGUAGACUCUAUAUGAGAAAUGGAUUUGCGAGUUGAAUUACUUUUCUUGUA